UCAUUCAUCACCGGCCACAGCCACCAGCCCUGGCUUAGCUUAAUUAGCUACGUACACUCUCUGCUUCUUCACUUCUUCUUGCACCCUCUCUCUGUCUCGCCAUACCGCCGUCCUCCUCCUACCUCACCAUGAGCAGCUUCGCCUACCAAAAGCUAAAGAAGCUCCCGCCCCCACCGCCUCCCGCCAGCGACCAGGAGGACGCGCACUACGCCGUCGCCGCCGCGCAGGACCACUACUACCGCCACGCGGCGGCCGCGAUCAUCGCCAGCAGGAGGACGUGGCGGAGCCGCCGGUCAUCCUCAGGCACCGGGCCGCGCCGGCGCGGCAGGCCUCUGAGGAUCUCGAGCCUGGCGCGGGCGCUGCGUCGGAGGGCAGCGGCCGUGGGUGGCAGGGUCCGGGCGUCGGUGACCCGGGUGGUGACAAGGCUCAAGGAGGGCGGGCCCUGCGUGGCCGACCUCUUCGCCGGAAACUACAUGUUCCUGCAGGUCACGCCGUCGAUGGCCGCGCCCGCCGCGGCCGGGGUCGGCAAGGGGGCGUUCCUGCCAUACUACCUCGCCGUCAAGGGCAAGGCCGCCGGCGCCGGCGCCGUGCACGGCUUGAUCCGCGCCUAGCUCUACUUGUACAGAGAGCGAGUUGUUUGCUUUUGUUCUGUCUUGUGCAUGAUUUAAUUAUAAGCAAGUGGGUUUGCUUUGUGUAACUGGGAGAUGUGGAUCAAACCUGCUGUGUCCAAAAUAAUCUGUAAAGGGAAACUAAAUAACUCUUCA